AGUAAACGGAAGUGGUCUGAAGCGGUCACAUCCGCUUAAAUCUUGACGCUGAUCGGUUCUGUUAUUUUGCCAGGAUAGCAUGCGAGUUUGGAUUCUGAACACUGAGCUUCAGUGGGCGGAAGUCGCGGGACACCGACGUCGGUGACCAGAGCUCUCUGAGGCGCGGCGCCAGAAAAUGGGCGAGCAAAGGAGGACUCGGCUGGCUAUGGGGUUUUCUGCCCCACCACAGCUGCCCUCUCUGCUCAGCUGCCUCCUGGGGGCCUCUAGACACUCACCCAGCUUCCGGUUCCUGAGAAAAUUGGAUCUGCCAGCAAAGAGGCCAAGGAGAGAAACAUGCCUGCUGACAUGAAUUUGUCCCAGAAGCCAAAGAGACUGAACCAACAGGAGCAGGAUGGGUCAAGCGAGAGAUUGGUGUCCUUUGAGGAUGUGACUGUGGACUUCAGCUGGGAGGAGUGGAGGCGCCUGGACUCCGCCCAGCGACACCUGUACCAGGAUGUGAUGCUGGAGAUCUACAGCCACCUCUUGGCAGUGGGGCACCCCAUUCCCAGCUCUGGGGCCAUCUUCAGGAAAAAGAAAAGAAAGGUGGCAUGGAUGGGAGAGGCUGAGUUCCCACAUCAGCAGAGUCGGUGUCAAGAGGUGGAAUCAGAGGUUUCUGCCCCUCGACCAAGACUUUCUGAGACUGAAGCAUUUCCAGUGAGCAAGGCGAGUGAAAUCACAAGACACGCCCUGUGGUGUUCUAUCGUAGGACUGUGGCAAGAUCCUGACCCUACAAAAAGAAAUCGGCAAAGCCGGAAACCACCUUGGAGUGCCGGUGCUCCCCUCAGCAAGAAAGCUCAGAGCACAGACAGAGGCUGUGGAUGGAAAGAGCCUGCGGAAGCCACUCCUUUGGUGUCCAGCCUCGUCUCCACACAAAAGGGAGCCCCGGAGGGACUCACAAACAGUGAGAGGCAUAACCUGGAGGCAAAGGGUGAAGACCAAAGCAAUAUCACUAAACAGCUUAAAGAUGUUGUUACCUCUGGUCAGCUCUUCCUGGGAGACUCUUCUAAUGCGAACCACACAAUUCCUCACGAAGGCCAGAAUUCACACAAAGGUAACCAGUGCCGGAAAGUUCUCACCCGCAAACACACACUGAGACAGCAACAAGGGCAUCCUCAGGAGAAACCAGACGAAUGCCCUGAAUGUGAAAAGGUCGUCUAUGACAUGGCUGCUUUCAGCGAACAUCAGGCAACUCACGCUGGAGAAAAGCCUUUCGUCUGUCACAAGUGUGGGAAAGCCUUCCUCCAGAAGUCAGAGUUGACCUCCCAUCGAGAAACUCACGUAGAGAAACCUUAUGAGUGCCCCGACUGUGGGAAAUCAUUCAGUCGUACAUCCAACCUGCAGGUUCAUCAUCGAAUUCACACUGGAGAGAAGCCUUACGAGUGCCGCGACUGUGGGAAGUCCUUCAACAAUACAUCUCAACUGAAGGUGCAUUGUCGAAUACACACCGGGGAGAGACCUUACGUGUGCCCUGUAUGUGGGAAAACCUUCAAGCAGAAGUCAAUCCUCUGCACUCACGAGACCAUUCACACCGGGGAGAAGCCUUACGAAUGUACUGUCUGUGGGAAAUUGUUUAGCUGUACGUCCCGACUGAAAGUCCACUAUCAGAUCCACAGGAAGGAAAAACCGUAUGAAUGUGCUGACUGUGGGAAAGCCUUCAAGCGCAAGUCAAGUCUCAUGGUCCACCAGAAGAUACACAUUAGACAAACCCAGCAUGUAUGCCGUGAGUGUGGGAAAGCGUUCAGUCAGAAGUCAGAGCUCAGCACGCACCAGAGAGCCCACCUGGGCCAGCGUUCUCACAGAUGCGAUGCCUGUGGGAAGGCAUUUACUUAUGUAUCGCAGCUGAAGAUGCAUCAUCGAGUCCACACAGGGGAGAAGCCUUACGAGUGCCGCGACUGUGGGAAGUCAUUUACUUACUCGUUCACACUGAAUGUGCAUUGUCGCAUUCACAGAGUGGAGAAACCUCACAGAUGCACUGUCUGUGGGAAAGCCUUGGCUUCCAAGUACCAACUGGAAGAGCAUGAGCGGAUUCACACAGGAGAGAAGCCGUACGUGUGCACCGCGUGUGGAAAAGGUUUUCAUGGUAGGUCAGGUUUCCUGAGGCAUCAGAUAACUCACACCAGGGACAAGCCUUUCGUCUGUCCCAAGUGUGGGAAGGCCUUCUUUCAGCGCUCACAGUUGACAUCUCAUCAGCAGACACACACAGGAGAGAAACCUCACGAAUGCCGUUACUGUGAGAAAUCCUUCAGUCAUACGUCCCAAUUGACAGUGCACCAUCGAAUUCACACCGGGGAGAGACCUUACAAAUGCAGCUACUGUGGGAAGUCGUUCAGUAAUUCCUCCCAACUGAAAGAGCAUCUCCGCAUUCACACCGGGGAGACACCAUAUGCGUGUUCUGAGUGUGGGAAGGCCUUCAGCCGGAGGUCAUCCCUCAAUCUGCACACGAAAAUUCACACUGGAGAAAAGCACCAUGUGUGUAGUGAGUGCGGGAAAGCCUUUAGUCAGAAGUCCGUCCUUCGAACACAUCAGAGAAUUCACACCGGAGAGAAGCCUUACAAAUGCCGUGACUGCGGGAAAGCCUUGGCUUCAAAGGGCCAGCUCCGAGAUCACCAGAGAAUUCACACAGGCGAGAAGCCCUACGUUUGCACCGAAUGUGGGAAGGGUUUCUUUGGCAGGUCAUCUUUGCAUAGACAUCAGAUAACUCACACUAAGGAGAGACCUUUUAUCUGUCAAAAAUGUGGGAAAACCUUCAUCCAGAAAUCAGCAUUGGUAUCCCAUCAGCAAAUUCACACAGGCGAGAAACCCUACGUGUGCCCUGAGUGUGGGAAGGGCUUCUACAAUAAGUCCUCCUUGCCCAGACACCAGUUGACUCACACCAGGGGGAGAUCUUUUAUCUGUCAACAGUGCGGGAAGGCAUUCCUGCAGAAGUCCGUGUUGAAAUGCCAUCAGCGAACACACACUCGCAAGAAGCCGUAGGAAUGCCAUGGGAAACUGUUCCAUAACACGUGGCCCCGAAGGCCAUCGUCAUAGCCGCAGAGCAAUGCAGAGAGGACGAGAAGUCAUCCAGCGUCAGCACAAUGGAUGUGCAGCAUUGGAUUCCCACUGGGGGAAGACACUGUUGUAUUCCGAAAGAGGGAGGCCUUCAGCAAUGUGUCCCAUAGCAAUAAGCACCAAGCAGCUCACACCAGACACGGUUCUCGCAGGCUCGGUUUAGAUGUGAAAUCCUUUUCCAAGAAAUCAGUUCGUAGUCUCUGUUUCCACCUGAGGUAUAAUCCUUAAAUUACUUGAAGAAAAUGUUUUAAAAGAACGUAUUGUACAUUAUAUCUUCUCUGCGUUAAAUUAUCUCGAUAUGCUCUGCUUUCUUAAACUCAUUAUUCAUGAGAGACAUUUGUAGUAUGAUUAUGGGUUUCACCCUAGGAGGAAACCCGCAUGCAAUGGACUGAGAAAAGUUUCUGUAUAGAAAAUGGCAAAAGCCACAUUGUUUCCAGACUAUAGAAAAGUUUUGGAGAUAUUGUAUCAACAAUAUUCCUGUUAAUUGUUAGAUAGUAGUAUUUCUAUAUACAAGAGAGGAAAGGACAAGAUGGUGUUACCUCUCAAAAGUAUGUCUAAUGUGUAUGUAUGGUUGCAUUUUCCUUUGUAUGACACCAAUGUUUACAUACGUAUUGCCUUAGACUAGUGCGGUGUGACACAGAAUUUAUUGCCUAACAGGAGUUUCUUUUUUAAGAGUCUAAUGUGUGUUGACAGCCUAUCCCUUAUUCAUACCACUAUCAAUAAUUAAUUCGUCUUUUCAUCAUAUGAAAGUAACUUCUGAGGUAAACCCAUAAGUGAAAUUCUAUAGCAGUCACUGCUCCUUGUACUGUAACUUUUCUCUUUUGUGAGUAGCUCAGCUUAUCUUUUCUCCACGUGUCCCAUCCGUAGUGAGCCACGCAGACAGAACCAGCAAAGACUUCUUCAUAGUUUUGCGCAGGCUUCUAAUGCACACAAGAAGACAGUAAAUGGUGUGUGUGUGUGUGUGUGUGUGUGUGUGUGUGUGCGCGCGCACAUACAUGAGUGUGUGCCAGGACACAUGUGUGAAAGAUAAAAAACAAUUUGUGGGAGUUGGUUCCUUAUUAACAGCAUGCAGGUCCCCAAAACAGAACUCAGGUACUAAGUCAUCAGGUAUGGCAACAUGUGCCGUUAGCCUCUGAGCAAGCUCAUGCUCACCUAUGGAUUUCUUUUUUCUUUCCUUUUCUUUUCUUUGAGUCAGAGUCUUACUAUGUAACCUUGGCAGAACUGGGGCUUACCAGGCUGGUCCUGAACUCACAGAAACUCACCUGCUGCUGCCCCCCAAGUGCCGGGACUAAAGGCGUGCACCACCAUGCCUGCUUGAAUUUUUGAAAUGAAGUUGUCUGCAGCAUAGCCACACUCAUUUGCAUAUAUUCUGGUUGUGGUUUGUUGUUCCCCUGUACCACUGAGUAAUUGUGGGAGAGACCAUGGGGUCCCUGAGCUACGAAUGUUUCCUUUCUGGCACUUGACAGGAUGUAUUUGCUGGUGACUAACACAUACAUGACUAUUCACAUAAUCCUUUGUUUUAUAAAAAGCAAACCACAUCUCUGUGGAUAUUGGUUUUCUACUCUAAAAUACAUACCUUCACUGGCAGUGUGGUAGUCUGUGAAGUUGAAAUGCCAUAAUCCAGAGCCAGGUGUGAUGGCGCACGCCUUUAAUCUCAGCACUCAGGAGGCAGAGGCAGGCAGAACUCUUGAGUUCGAGGCCAGCCUGGUCUGCAUAAUGAGUUCCAGGACAGGUAGGGCAAUAAAGAUCCUGUCUCUCAACAACAGCAAAAAAAUUGGAAUAUCUUCCUGAAAAAAAUGAAGGAAAAUAGUCAGAAAGGGGGAGCCAAAGAGAAGGGUAACUGGGUUCAACUGAAGCAGCAGCCUAGUCCACCUAAAUAAAUAGACUUGUGAGAACUAACAGAAAAAAUGCCUGAGAUGCUGCAGCCUGUUCCCUGUGAGUCAUUGCUUGGUGUUAAAAAACAAAAGAGAGAAAAGAAAACCUUGACUGUAAACAAGAAAACACGGAAUAAGGAGCUGAGCUGAGAAUUCUCUGAGGAACACAUACAGUCAAAUUCUUUUUUAAAAAAAAAUUUAUUUAUUUUUAUUUAUUAUCUAUACAAUAUUCUGUCUGUGUGUAUGUCUGCAGGCCAGAAGAGGGCACCAGAUCUCAUUACAGGUGGUUGUGAGCCACCAUGUGGUUGCUGGGAAUUGAACUCAGGACCUUUGGAAGAACAGGCAAUGCUCUUAACCUCUGAGCCAUCUCUCCAGCCAAGUUCUUUUAAAGCGGUUAGCCUCCUUAGCUAACGUCUCACUCUGUUGGGAAGAGCUGCUGUCAACUGACAGCAGAUCCGCUGAGGCUGUGAAGAAAGGGAGCCUUGCUUGACUGCGGGGGGAAGGUAGAUCGCUGCAACUCUAACGAAAUCAGCGCGGGGUUUUGUUGUUGCGUUUGGUUUUUUGGAUUGGAUUGGAUUGGAUGUUGAGACAGAAUCUUACUGUGCAGCCUUAAUGGUGGUUUCUGAAAUUACUGAAACUUGAACUAGCCCACGACCCAGCCACUUUUGGAUACACAUCUUGGGACUCUGUACUGUACCACAGAGAUCCCGACACACCCAUGUUUACACAAUAGCGAAGAAAGGAUCAGUCUAGAUACCCAUCCAUAGUGAUGGAUGUAUAAUGAGGCUUUAGUAUAAAUACAGUAGAAUUUAUGGGUCAUGAAAAUGAAAUUCACGGGAAAAUGACAUGUUCUCUCUCAUACACAGAUGCUAGCUUCUGACUUUAUGUAUGUGCGGCUUCAGCUUCCGAGUGUGUUCAGUGGCCCCUCACCUCCUAUGAGGCAAAUGCUUCAUCCCGGUGAACAGCUGUGGUUUGGGCUGCAAGACAGAUGGGCACUGUGCAAGGACAAGGUUGUGCCGAGAUGCAGUACGUGGGUCUAGUUAGCAACAGUGAUGUGCUUAGAAGUAGCAGAUAAAUGGGGAGCAGAGAUUGACGUUCGCAUGAUACUAACUUUCGUGGGGUUUACUCUAAUUUUGCCCUCUGAUGAUGGAUGGCUGAGCUCACUCUUCGAGUACCCUGGAGCUGUAUCUUUGAUGAUGAAACUGUGUUCUCUGAAUCAUCACUCCUGUAGUCUGUUUUCUAUAGGAUCGUCUGUGAUCCGGGAAUGAUGGCAUGUUGUAAUCCUAGCAUCUGAAUGGCAUAGACAAGAAGAGUGGAGUAAAUUGAAGGCCAGCCUGGUUUACGUAGUCUAGCCCAGUGGUUCUCAACUUCUAACGCUGUGACCCUUUAAUACAGUUCCUCAUGCUGUGGUGACCCCAACAAUAAAAUUGUUUUUGUUGCCACUUCAUAGCUGUAAUUUUGCUACUGUUACGAACUGUGAUGUAAAGAUUUUUGGAACUAGAGGUUUGCCUCAGGUUGAGAACCACUGUUGUAGGCUGGAAUGUGUUUACCCUGGAGAUGACUCUCACAGUCUUUGACUUUGUUCUCCUACCCCAUUAGGCCUUCCGAUGCACUCACUGCAGUGCUGGCUGCUGUCCCCACUGGCCGGUCUCUCUCCAUCCACCACUGUUUCCACUGUCCGCCUAGAUCUACACUGUUUCUGUUAUGCAACCUAAGAAGAGCAGGUGGCUAUCCUCUGGGAACCAUGAGGUACCCCCAGUAUGAAGUACUCCCCAAUGUAAAGUACAUGAGGGUUCAUCUCAGAGUCUCACCUUUAGUAUUCCACAUGGCUUCACUUCCUGUUCCUAACCUCUGAGAGAUCAGAAAGGGCCUGUGUGGUGGCACACACCUUUAAUCCUAGGACUCAGGAAACAGAGGCGCGGAUGUCUGCGAGUUCGAGGCCAGAAUGAGCUACCUGGCCAGUUCCAAGCCAGUCAGGCCGACAUAAUGAGACCGUCUCAAACACAAGAACCCUUUUAAGUUCUGGUUAUAAUAAAGACAAAAUGUGAAGAAAAGGAGAGAUGGCUCCGUGGUAAAAGGGAACGUGUUGCUCCUGCAGAUGUCCUGGGUGCUGUGAGCUCAACGUGCAGGCAAAAAUACAUAGAAUAAAUCGAAUAAAGUAAAUCAGAUACAGGGGAAAGGUACUUUUAGCAACAUGUAGUAUCACAGUCUCUUAGAAAAAGAUAAGCGUACAAGUAGUAACGCAAACCCCUGACAAUGUGAGACAGUCCUGGACUUUCAUUGUAUCAUAUUCGCCUGGCUAUAUGGGACUGACGCACUUUGAUGGUGGCUUCCCUGUCACUGGAGUGCGGGUGACACUUUAUGAAAGCAUAGAAACCAUCAUAUGAGCCAUAGUAAGUACUGGCAAGAUUGACCUCCCUAGUGGCGGUGCGCAUGCGCAUCAUCCACGAAGGGGGGGGGGGAUGUGGUAAUGGGCUGAAGGAACCAUUAUUCAAAUCGGAAGUGGCCAAGAAUCGUCACAUCGGCUCAGAUCUUUAGGUAGUUUGCUUCAGCUAUCGUUGCCAGGACAGCGUGGGUGUUUGGAGUCCGAACUCGGUACCGUGGGUGGCUGCGGGCGGAAGUCGCGGCCCGGCGGGCCGUGCGCACAGCUCUCUGCGGUGCAGUGAGUGUGCUCUCCUGUGGGAAUUCUCACGGUCGUCCGUGAAAAUUGUCGUAUCAGGACGUUGGUGGCAGGACUCAGUGAGUGUGCGCUGCAGGAGCCGAUCCUGGGUGGGAGCCGGGAGCUUCAGGACGAGCUUGAUGCCGUGAUUGCCAUAGGAGCCGGGCGAGAGGGCUGCUCAGGCAGCGAUGGAGCCCUGGGGCCCGUGUGCCCUGCUUUGAGGCAACCGCGCUGCCUUCUGGUCUGCUAGUGUUUGAGUAGCUGGAAACUGGAGACCUGGCUCCUCGUCAAACACUGGCCUGCUAGAGGAGAAAAACUCCAAAGAGUAGGUGAAAACGGGAAAAUGAAUUUUUUUACGUUUUGGUCCAAAGUGGGAACAGUUUCCUCCAUCUGUGUUUGCUAAGCAGUGUUGACAAUAGAGAGAGCUGCAGGAGAGCCGGGAGGUCCCCGUAGGUAUGCCUGAUGUCACCUGAGCUGGGACAGAGCCUUGGUGCUGGCCUUGCUGGCCCCAGAGACAGGUGUUCAGGGCAUUUCCUUUCCCCGUAUUAUAUUUCCUUUAUAGAGGUGGAGUUAAAAAAAAUUUUUUUUUUAAAAAACUAAUCCUAAUUCAGUUCCUAUUGCCCAUUUACAUAACUAUUGGAUCCUUUGCAGAUGUGAGGCCUGAUCGGUAAGAAUAGGUGACUAACAGUUGGGUUGGUGCUGUAAAGAGGUCUGGGGCCAGAAGUCUGGGUUUCUGCAGCCUCAUCUAGUAAACCUAUUGAAGAAACCAGUGAGGACGAAGAGCACACAAGGGUUGCCCGCGUUCACGCGGUGUUUGAACUGCCUGAAACAGUUCCAGGGGCUGUGGCGCUCUCCUCUGGCUUGAUGGUGCGCAGAUGCCUAGACAGACAACACACACAGAGACGCGCAUGGCGCGCACACACACACAAUUUUAUAUUUUUUUUCUCUAAGCCCCGCCCCCCAACCCCGUAAACUACUUUUUCCAACUAAUCCCCAUGUGCUGGUUUAAAAGGAAAUGGCCCCAUGGCAGUGUCACUGUUAAGAGGUGUGGCUUUCUUGGAGUAGAUGUGGUCUUGAAGGAAGUAGAGGUGGACUUUGAGGUCUUUUUUUUCCCUUUAUGCUCAAGCUUCCCUCAGUGUGACACUGAGACCACUUCCUGUUGCCUUCUGAUCAAGAUGUAGCCAGCACCAUGUCUGCUUGCACACUACACUACCAUCCUUCCCACCGAGAUGAUAAUGGACUAAACCACUGAACUGUAAGCAGACACCUCCAUUAAAUGUUUUCAUCAAUAAGAAAGAGUUGCCGUGGUCAUGGUAUCUCUUUACAGCAAUAGAAACCCUAACUAAGACACCAGCUUCUUUAAAAAAAAAAAUUAAGGAAAAAACAAAAAGCAGAAGAUGGUUACUAUAAGCAGAAAAGAAGUAAAAUGACCCCAUGUCUGUCUGCUGUUCUGAUUUGGAGUCUAGGUUUAGAAAUGGUAGUUGUGCCUUACAGUAGCCAAGCAGGGUGUGGUGGCACACUGCUGUCCUGCAGUCUUAGCGCUGUAGAGGCAGAGGCUGGAGGAUCACUACACAUUGACAGCCAGGCUGGGGAUGAAAUAGGUUAGGAAUUGGAACAGAGGAAAAGUCAGGGCCAAAGUGAAGAAGACAUACGCACUGUUUUUUAAGGAAAAACAGCUCUGUGUAUGUGUGUGUUUUGUUUUUAAGACUUAUUUUAUGUAUAUGAGUGUUUGACUGUGUGUAUAUAGGUAUGCCAAGUGUGUUCCCCUGGAAGUAGGGUUACAGGGGGUUGUGAGUCACAUGUAGGUGCUGAACCCAAGACAUCUGCAAGAGCAACAGUCGCUCUUAACCGUGAGCCCCGUUUCUUUUCCUUCCUUCCUUUCACCGGGGUAUCCUAUGUACCCCAGGCUAGCCUGCGACUCAGUUUGUAGACUAGUCUGACCUCAGCUGUGGUUGUGCGGCCCCUGCCUCUGGAGUGCUGGGGUUGUAGGUCUACAACUGAAGUUCGGUUUAAACCACACCUGUGCUGAAGGUUCUUCAUGGCUGAUGAACUGGGGAGUCCUAGAGAGGUUGUAGAGAGGGUGUAUAUUACAAUAUGCAGUCUGCCUGUCUUUAGCUGUCUUCUGUCCCCUCAACAGUUAGUCAAUAUCCACCUAUGGAUUUUCUCUAACCAGCCCACUAGUUUUCAACACCUGAAGAACUAGGAAUGCCAUCGGAGAGCAUGUGAGGCCUGGUAUAGAGAUUCUCCCACCUUAGAGUAACCUGCCUCUCCGACGGUGCCACCAUUUUUUUUGUUAUUGGUUUGGUGUGUGUGUUCUGCACAUGUUUAUUUGACUGUGGUUACAUCUAUUUGUACAGGUGAGCAUGGAAGCCAGAAGAUAAUAUCCAGUCUUUUCCUCAAGCCCUCCCUAUCUGACUUUUUGAGACAGGGUCUCUGUUAUCUGUAUGUGUGUGUCUGUGUGUGUCUGUGUGGGCACAAUGUAUAGGUCAGAGGACAACUAUCAGAAAUUAGUUUUUUCUUUCUGCCAGGUGUGCCCCGGGCAUCAAACUAUCCCACUCAUGUUGUCAGGCUUGUUGGCACCUUUACCCUCUAAGGUUCUCAGCCUUCCUGAUACUGCAACCUUCAAUACCACCUCAUGUUGUGGUGACCUCCAAACAUAAAAUUAUUUCACUGCCGCUUCAUAACUAAUUUUGCUACUGUUAUGAAUCAUGUUAAGUAUAUGAUAUGCGAACCCCAAGGGGGUUGUCAUCCAUAUACUGAGCACCGUUGCCCCAAGGUAUCUUUUGGCUCACACCAAUGUACUUUAGAAGUGUUUUGGUUUAUGGCUUCAUUCUGUUCUCUUACUACAAAAAUUCCACGGAACGUGGUAUUUGGACAACUUGAAUCUGCACUGCCAGGCCAUUGGAACACUUGGCUCCAGAAUAAAUUGUUUCUCCACCCUUCGAAGUGUGAGCUGUUCCUGCGUAGCCGGCCUCCAGGGAUGGAUGACAGAAGUAGCUUCUCCUAGUUUAUUUCAGUGUUGCUUCCAAGCCAGGCUUGGUGGAGCCCACAUGCAUUCCUUGCACUGCGGGAUGAGGCACGAUGAUCUGGAUAUCAAAAGCAACCUCUGUUAUAUAGCAAGUUCAAGGCCAGCCAGGUCUACAUGAGACCCUACCUCAAAAAGAAAGAAAACAACAUCAGUGUUGCUUCCAUCCUGGGGUCUGUUAUUUGAACCCCUGUGUUAUGAGUUUUUUGUGGUUAUGUGGAAACAAAGAAAUAACACUCUGGCCGGGCAGUGGUGUCGCAUGCCUUUAAUCCCAGCACUCGGGAGUCAGAGACAGGCGGAUCUUUGUGAGUUCGAGGCCAGCCCGGUCUACAAGAGCUAGUUCUAGGACAGGCUCCAAAGCCAAAAAAAAAAGCCUGUCUAAAAAAAACAAAAAAAAAAAAAAAAAGAAAAAAGAAAGAAAGGAAAAAGGAAAUAACACUCUGAGGGGAAAUUAUUGCCUAUCAAGGUGGCCAUAAUUUCAAUGUUCUGGGGCAUGUCGGUGGCUGGGAAGCAGUCCUGUGGCCAGUCUUUGGAAGUCACUGGAAGGCAUUGGUCUGAGUGGCUGCAUCAGGAAAGACAUGCAUCAUCAGCCAGAGGGCUGUUGGUACCUGUAUGUGACAAGCUGAUGGAGUCACUGACCUCAAGGCCAUCCUGGAGUAUACAGUGAGUUCUCUGUCAGCCUGUGCUGCACAAUAGCACACUGGCUCAAAUAAAAAUAAAAUGGGGCAAAAUUAAAAGAAGGAAAGGGUAGGCUUUCAAAAUAGAGGUCCUGGUCCCUGUAUAUACCUAUACAUUCUUUGCUCUGGGAGGGAAUUGUGGGCAUCAACUACAGAGAUAUAUCAGAGGCAAACAGGCUGUGCGGUGCAUCACUAAGUUUGAAUAGUGUCUAGAAACAAGAAAACACCACUGGGGCACUGCCAUUUUGUUUAAGUCAGAUAUAUACCGAUCCCCUUCUCUUCUAUUUGAUGACCUUGGGUCAUAUUAAGGAAUAUAGCACAGCUUCAUUUGCCUCCUCUUAAAACACCAAGUGUAGGAGUGCCUCUGGCGUACAGCUGGAAGAGGGUUUGGGAAAUAAGCUGAUCACUAGCUGAUAUUUCUUCACCUUGUGAACUGCCCAGCUGAAGAGCUUCAUUCUGCAUCAGAUUCCCACUGUCAGUGGCAACACCUCAUCUUUGCUUUACAUCACCUUCCUUAAUACCUUUCUGUGGUCACAGUCAAGAGGUGAGGGGAAGAACUGGACAUUUCCGGGCUUUUUUUGCUCUGGGCAAAUGUUGGGUGAGUGAUGAUAUGGUCAUGAACUUUCCAGGGUUUUCUGGUGUCUUUCCAAACCUCUAGGUGAGGCUGAUCGCUGCGCCACAACUCUACGUGGAUCCCCACAUGCCGAGUAUCUUCAGAAUCCUGAGAAAAUCAGAGACCAAGAGUAGAAGCCGCA